AGAACUCCAGGAAGUGCCUGGCUCCGACGCGACAGUUGUCACAUAUAGCAUAGCUUGCCAAUACCGGGAAAAGACAGGAGAAACAACUUACAUAAGGAACUCGCUGCCAAUCAGAUUUAUUUUUACUACAAAACUAUAUUUGAUUCAACUAAACUUCCGCAUCACUGGGAGGCUCACUGGGACGUGGUGCGUAAAAGGACACUUCACGCACCAGACAAUUGGAAUGAUAUGACCAUUGGCCAUGUCCAUUUAGCUGAACCAACAUUUAUUUUUUAGAUAUAUGAUAAUAUAGACUAUUUUAUUUGUUGACAAAGUCUGAGAAGAACGAAAAAGGGGAAAGAUGUUCCCUUUGCCUAUGUUCACCCCGGAACAAGUGGCUCGGGUGUGCGAGAACCUCGAGGAGACCGGCGACAUCGAGCGCCUGGGGCGGUUCUUAUGGUCCCUGCCUGAUGCUGUCCCUGGCUCCGCCGGGGAGGCUCUCAACCGCCACGAGUCAGUGAUGCGCGCCCGGGCGCUGGUCGCCUUCCACGGAGGAAACUUCGAGGCGCUUUACCAGAUCCUCCAGAGCCACCGCUUUACACGCGAGUCUCACGCCAAACUCCAAGAUCUGUGGCUGGACGCGCAUUACCGCGAGGCAGAGCGGCUCCGGGGCCGUCCCCUGGGACCGGUGGAGAAGUACCGUAUCCGGAAGAAGUUCCCACUGCCUCGCACCAUCUGGGACGGCGAGCAGAAGACGCACUGCUUUAAGGUGAGACACCAAGCUGAGAGAACUCGUAGCCUGCUCAGGGAGUGGUACCUCCAGGACCCCUACCCAAACCCGUCCAGGAAACGGCACCUGGCCCAGGCCACGGGACUCACGCCCACACAGGUCGGCAACUGGUUCAAGAACCGACGCCAGAGAGACAGGGCCGCGUCGGCAAAGAACAGACUGCAACAGGACCCCACCCACCUGCCUUCCGGAUGCUCCCCUGAGGGUUCUGUCCAGGAGCGCCACUCCCACCACCCCCGCCUGCUGACUGCCUCCCCCUGUCACCCGGGCAGCCCCGAGGCCAGCGACUGCAGCACUGGCACCGACCCUCGGGGCACCGGAGCCUCCACCCCCGACAUCUCCGUCAGCAGCGACAGCGAGUUUGAAUCCUGAGGUCGGGUCAUUGAGUGCAGCUGGAGAGAGGCUCUAAUUGGUUGAGUCCUCAAGGGAGAUGCUAUUAUUGGUUUUCAGCCAGGAAGCCCCGGCCCCACAGAUAUAGAGACAAUAUAGACACUGUAGAAGUACUAUCUGUCUGUGAGUUGCGAUUGAACACAUUGACAAAAGACUUGAUAUGGACACUUGAUGUGGUUGCUAAUGGAAGAAUGGGGAGGGGUGGGGGGUUGGGGAUUGGACCAUUCACAAACACAUGCACUUAAAAUGCACCAUCGCACACGACUGUGAGGUACACGGUUAUGUACAGUGCCUUGCAAAAGUAUUCACUCCCCUUGGCGUUUUUCCUAUUUUGUUGCAUUACAACCUGUAAUUUAAAUGUUUUUUUAUUUGGAUUUCUUGUAAUGGACAUACACAAAAUAGUCCAAAUUGGUGAAGUGAAAUGAAAAAAAUUACUUGUUUCAAAGAAUGGUGCGUGCAUAUGUAUUCACCCCCUUUGCUAUGAAGCCCCUAAAUAAGAUCUUGUGCAACCAAUUACCUUCAGAAGUCACAUAAUUAGUUAAAUAAAGUCUAUCUGUGUGCAAUCUAAGUGUCACAUGAUCUGUCACAUUAUCUCAGUGUAUAUAUACACCUGUUCUGAAAGGCCCCAGAGUCUGCAACACCACUAAGCAAGGGGCACCACUAAGCAAGCGGCACCAUGAAGACCAAGUAGCUCUCCAAACAGGUCAGGGACAAAGUUGUGGAGAAGUACAGAUCAGGGUUGGGUUAUAAAAAAUAUCCAAAACUUUGAACAUCCCACUGAGCACCAUUAAUCCAUUAUUAAAAAACGGAAAGAAUCUGGCACCACUAAUUCAUUAUUAAAGAGAGGGCCACCCACCAAAACUCACGGACAAGGCAAGGAGGGCAUUAAUCAGAGAGGCAACAAAGAGACCAAAGAUAUGCAAAGCUCCACCGUGGAGAUUGGAGUAUCUGUCCAUAGGACAACUUUAAGCCGUAUACUCCACAGAGCUGGGCUUUACGGAAGAGUGGUCAGAAAAAAGCAAUUGCUUAAAGAAGAAAAUAAGCAAACCCGUUUGGUGCUCGCCAAAAGGCAUGUGGGAGACUCCCCAAACAUAUGGAAGAAGGUACUCUGGUCAGAUGAGACUAAAAUUGAGCUUUUUGGCCAUCAAGGAAAACGCUAUGUCUGGGGCAGACCCAACACCUCUCAUCGCCCAGAGAACACACUUGUUCAUCGGCAUGGAUUGGGAAACUGGUCAGAAUUGAAAAAUUGCGCUAAAUACAGGGAAAUUCUUGAGGGAAACCUGUUUCGGUCUUCCAUAGAUUUGAGACUGGGAUGGAGGUUCACCUUCCAGCAGGACAAGGACCCUAAGCAUACUGCUGAAGCAACACUCAAGUGGUUCAAGGGGAAACAUUUAAAUGUAUUGGAAUGGCCUAGUCAAAGCCCAGACCUCAAUCCAAUUGAGAAUCUGUCAUAUGACUUAAAGAUUGCUGUACACCAGCGGAUCCCAUCCAACUCGAAGGAGCUGGAGCAGUUUGGCCUUGAACAAUGGGCAAAAAUCCCAGUGGUUAGAUGUGCCAAGUUUAUAGAGACAUAGCCCAAGAGACUUGCAGCUGUGAUUGCUGCAAAAGGUGCCUCUACAAAGUAUUGGCUUUUUUUUCAGGGGGGGGAUAGUUAUGCACGCUCAAGUUUUCCAUUUGUUUGUCUUGUUUCUUGUCUGUUUCACAAUGAAAAAUAUUUUGCAUCUUCAAAGUGGUGUAAAUGAAAUGAUACAACCCCCUCAAAAUCAAUUUUAAUUCCAGGUUGUAAGGCAACAAAAUAGGAAAAAUGCCAAGGGGGGGUGAAUACUUUCGCAAGCCACUGUAGUACUUUAUGACUGUGCUGCUGACUUGUACAAAGAAGUACCAACUACAAUUCUCUGUCCUGUAGAUUUGGGCUGGAACGUGGGUAGUCAGUCAGUCAGGAGCAAGAACAUAUUCUAUAACAGCAAUAACUAUUCUCAGGCACAUUAUUUAUAGAAAUAAUAUACAUCGUCACAGUCUUAGAGUAAAUACUGAACCUGAAUUAUAAGUCUAUUUUUUUAGUACUCUAUCAUUGAGUACUAGCUUUAAUCCCGUUUCUUAAUUUGCCCCUUUACAAUGAACAAUGCCUUCGGUAGGCUGUUGGUUUCUAACAUGAGCAGUCGUCUGUCAACUCAGAACUGCUUAUGACGUCACUGCCUUAAAAAGGAACUACAGAUUCUCAGUCUACUUUCAUUCCGUGGGUAUCAUAGUUCUGUGGGCAUCACAGCCACACGGAACUCUUGUAAUUGUGAUUCACUUCCACUUAGCCACCGUUCUAAACCAUUACUGUUCCCCAAAGCUAACAGAACAACUUAGGCUAGACUUAGGCUCCAGACAAUGUUGUCAUGUAUGGAAAAGACAUCCCACGUCAUCACCAUACAUUUGCAUUUAGAUGAGAUAAUUUAACAUUCUUCUUCUAUUAUGACAAUACAACAACUGUAUAACUAUGCUGCUUUGGAUGAUGUGUCCAAAACAUGUCCAUUAUAAUAUUAUUCCAACCUGGUAUAUUCUUUAGACUGUUGUAUGAGGCAUUAUUCAGUGUGUGGAAUCCUCUGCACUGCUCUCUCUAGAGAUGUACUUCAUACAUGCGUUGCCUUUCAGAGCAAAACAGUGAGUGAGUGAAUGGGAUAGGAACGAAAUGAAACUACGAAAUAUAAAAGCAAGAUUGAUAAGUAGCCUAAGGGUGAACGUGAAGCACAACUCCUUGAUGUGCCUAUGAACCUUUGAGGACAGAAUAACGACCUGGUUUAUAUAUAUGACUGUUGUAUCUUUAUAUAAAUAUACCCACAUUAACAUCACCAAACAAUACAUUGUUGUGCGAUGUAUUCAUUGGAAAAUACGUAUUUUGUAAAAAUGUGUCUGGUUGUGUAUGAAUUUGGAAUAAAUGAAACAAUGUUGAUCCAAACCUGAUGUCGAGGU